GUGUGUAAUAGAGAGGGGGCGGAGGAGCUGGUGAUGCUGCUGGUGGUGUUGGUGGUGGUGCAUGUGGACGGAGGUUGUCUGUUUGCUUGCUUGAAUGUGUUGACACGCAUUUCUGCUCCAUCUCCUUGAUUAAACCGGCAGCCUGGAGGGGAGUCGCAGCCGAGUGUGAAGCAGCAGUCAGACGGAGGAAUGAGAUCGGACCGAGCCGUGGCAUCUCCACCAUGCAGCCGACCACCACCAGCCGUCCAUUUUACACGAUUAUAUGAGCCCAUGAGCGCCGGUUUGUCAGCGUCUUGCAGACGGGCAGCAGCAGUGUGCAGUCCCGGCGAUGACAACAUAGGCCAACGCCUCGCCGCAGCUCUAUACAGGGAAUGAAAACGCUGCCAAGAUGGUCCGCAUCGCCAAGGCCCUGGGUUUGGUUAUUCUGUGCGUCGCUGUGCUCAUACUGUCCCUCAUCAGCUACGUGUCCCUGAGGAAAGACAGCCUCUUUACUUCCUCCAAAUACUACAUGGGAGGCCCGAGGAUAAUGUUUCAUGCUGGAUUUCGGUGAGUAAUAAUGUAUAAAACAGAUUAUAGGUAGCUAUUUCGACGCAGAGAAGUGAUGUAAAUGUAAACAUCCUGGCCUAGAGUAAAAGAUUCACUCAUCAGCAUACAUUCAAUUUGGGGCCAAACGCUUCCUGUCAAUCGAAGAGUGAGCUGUCCAGGGUGCUGAUACUGUUCCCAUGGGCACUUCACGGUGUGAUAAAACCCUCAACACUGGAAACCCACCUUUUCCACGAUAGUCAACCCUCUUAACCCUUUUAGUAAAUUCACCAACCCCAUCGUUUUUCCCACCUGUUAUGUUCUCAUUGGUGGUACAAAGUGGAAAUUGCAAAAAGGUCAAUUUUUUAUUACAUGAUACGGACAAACUUGUUGAAACAUUCUCAGUUACACUUGGAGUUAAGCUUACAUUUUCCUUUCUGGUCAUUUACUUUAACCAUAUGUACGACAGUCUUACACGUUUUACAAUAAACAGUUAAAACCGUUUAUCUGCUGUCUAUGUUGCUAACUGUUUUAACAGCUAUUGUAUGUGUCUUACGCGCUAACAAAUUAUCAGCCAUUAUUAUUAUUAGCUUUGCUUUGAAUAAUAAAUAAGUCUGGCAAAAAAAAAAAAAAAUCUUAUUUACUGGUCCCAACAAAUACAGUUCAUACUGUACUUAACUGUGCUAUUUAGUUAAUGCUACAAACUUGCUGCUUUUAGCUAGCUGUUAAAAUAGGCUAAUUUGCCUGCUGAUUUAAGCUAACCACUCAAAGAGAUUUUAAACCCUAAGUUUUAAACCUCGUUCAAAUUUCUCUAAAUAACUUAAUCUGUCAGCAAACCAUUUCAAGUUUUUAAUUCAGCUACUUGUUUUUACUAUUAAUCCUAUCUCUCAAGCUCUCUUUUAACUAACUUCUGACCCAAAACAUGUCCCCAAGUUCAGUUGAUUGAACCAUUUCCAUAUAUUUUUUUCAAUAUUUAAAUAUCUAGUACAAGUAUAUUCAUGAUUCUUGUUAGGAGUUGUAAACUAGUGUCAAAGAAAUUAAAAUAAAUACAAUGGCCUCUUAAUACUUUGCAAAAGCAAUCAAGACUAUUAUCAUUUUAAAUUGGAAUUGUAUUUACCCAUUGUUUUUAACCAUAGACAAUACUGGAUACAGCAAAGGAGAUGAAAUGGAGUUUCACAUUAUAUUUUGUAACUGUUUCUGACAGGUCCCAGUUUGCCAUGAAUUUUCUGGACCCCUCCUUCAUCCCAUUAACUAAUGCCCUGAAUGAGGAGCUCCAAGGAAAACCAUCUAAAUGGAAGUUCAACAAGACAGCGUUUUAUCAGCAAAGGUGAGAGAUUUUAUUUCUUGCUUCUUACCCUUCUUUGCAAAGGUAUCCCAUAUCUGAGUCUGUUUACCCCACAGGAAAACAUCAUAGGCUGUUGUGUUGCUCCAUUAGAGCUUAAAGACGAGAUUCUAAGUGGCAGGGUUGUACGAGUGAACGUUUAUGGUUCCUAAUGUCUUUAUAAAUUGAUGGAGAAUGGGGGUUUAAUCUGUUAUCCCUAUGGCUAAAAUAUGUGAUUUUAUACCUUUAAUUCAAUUGGGAUUAAAUUUAAUUUAAUGGGGAUUAAUCUAACCGUUUAUGUUGGGUAUUUUUAGCGAGUUGUUCAAAUAAGAAAUCUCAUUGUGAUUUCUCAGCUUGCAAAAUGUUGAUUUUCCGUUCAGGAGUCUUAACCCGAAAAAUGAUGAAUGGCAAGUAAAGAAGAUAAAAGCAGGAUGUGUUUGUAAUCACACAUUAACAACCCGGGGCUGUCAUAUGUUUUGAAUUUAAGGGUUCAAACGGACAUCUAUGUCAUCACCGAUUACUUUUUGGAUCACAAGUCAAAUAUUCUUUUGGUCUUUUCAAAAUCAGCUACACAGUGAGGCAUUACUUGGCACUGAUGCACCAUGUCUUGCGGCUGAAUCACAUGUUUUUGUAAUGAUGCUGGUGUCUUGUGAAAUCGAUGUUGUUAAUCUUUAGACCCAUUAACUGACAUAUCCUGCAUAUAUGCGUUCUUAUUUUCAGGAAAGAUAUCUUCAACUACAUCGACAUUCCUAAAAACUUCUCCCUCACCAAGGAUAGUGUGCGUGUGGGCCAGCUGAUGCAUUUUGAUUACUCCAGCCACAAAUAUGUCUUCUCCAUUAGCAACAAUUUCAAAUCCCUGCUUCCAGACGUCUCUCCUAUCCACAACAAGCAUUACAGCAUCUGCUCUGUGGUGGGAAACAGCGGCAUCCUGACAGGCAGCCACUGCGGCCCAGAGAUCGACCAGGCCGAUUUUGUCUUCCGCUGCAACUUUGCCCCCACAGAGGUGUACUCCAAGGAUGUGGGCAAGAAGACUAACCUGACCACCUUUAAUCCAAGCAUCCUGGAGAGAUACUACAACAACCUACUGACCAUUCAAGACAGGAAUAACUUCUUCCUCAACCUGAAGAAGUUGGAGGGAGCCAUCCUGUGGAUCCCCGCCUUCUUCCUCCAUACCUCAGCCACAGUAACCAGGACCCUGGUGGACUUCUUUGUGGAGCACAAAGGUCAACUAAAAGUCGAACUGGCCUGGCCAGGAAACAUCAUGCAUGAUGUCAACAAGUAAGGGAGCUGUUUUGAUUGUUAGCUCAGAUAAGGUUGUUUAAAAAAUAACUAACUCAUGGAUAUGAUCAGGGUUGCACCACACUGAGUAACUUUGGCAAACUUUGGAGUUUACACACGGCUGCUUACUGUGAGGAGUUUUUAAUGUCUUGUGAUAAUGUUCAGUUUAAAACUGAUGCCUCUAUACUUGCAGAGGCAAAAACAGACCAUCUGCAAAGAGAUUGAAUUUUGUGUAUCUAGUUAUUUUUAUAUCCAUGAAAGCAGGUGGUGAUACAACUUUUACAUUUCAGCUUGCAGACCAAAAAGCUUUUGCUUACAUUUUCCCUUGUAGAACCUUACAGUUAAGAUUAUGCUCCUCAGCUGUAACAAAGUAAGGGGUAGAUUUUCUGAAAACAGGUAAACAGAUAAUAGCUUCAUUCUCAAGGAUGGCAAAAUUGACCCAAGAUGAAGCUUCACGGCUGCAUAAUUCACUUUUCUUACUUUUUUUUCUUGAAAUGAUCCUCAUACUGUCGUCCAACAUUUUAUGCUAUCUUGUUUUGUGUAACCUCACAGAUUUAAUGUUCAAAAUACAGUUACCUUUUUUGUUGACUAUUUGCAGGCAGUCCAAACAAACUCUAAUCAUAAAAUGUAGAAACUGUAAUCUUCUGGGAUGUUGCAACAUUUUUCCAUAUCCAGCAGAUAGAGCAGCAUCCUCACGGAUACCUCGUUGUGAUGGAUGCAUGUUUGAUAACUCACUCUCUUUUUAGUUUUGUUUUUGGGCGCUACUACUUGACAGUAUUUAUUUUUUUUGGCAACUAAAUGCGUCAGCUCCAGACAAAACAGUAAUAAGAGCAAAACAGUUUAGAUGAGAGCCAGAAAAAAAGAAACACAACCUGCUGCAAGACACUAAAAGCCCUGUAGUGCUGAGAGGAACUGCAGAUUUUGGUGGUACUGACAUAACCAUGUUCUUAUCUCUUAUUUAAUCAGUGUCUUCUUUUAAAAUGUUGAUUGUUGGAACUUUUAAAAGAUUAACUAGAGCAUAUAAGAGAUAAAUAACUAAGCAGGGGUUAUUUGUGGGUCUGGGUGUAAUAUUGUUAAAAUGAUGCACACAGUCACACAUGUGAACUAACAGGGAAAUAAAUAAAUAAAGGACAGGUAGGAUACAUCAUAGAGACAAUGGUAUCAUGGUUGGGUGGAUGCUGCAGGAUUAAUCAUGGUUUUCUGACUAAGAGCUGUUUUGGAUGUGUUUUGAUGGCUGUUGUGACUUUAUCCCUCACAGAUAUUGGAAAACUAAAAACCUCUCCCCUAAACGCCUCAGCACGGGAAUCCUCAUGUACACACUGGCGUCCGCCAUGUGUGAUGAGAUCCACCUUUAUGGCUUCUGGCCUUUUGGCUGGGACCCUAACACGGGCAAGGAUCUGCCUUACCACUACUAUGACAAGAAAGGGACCAAAUUCACCACAAAAUGGCAGGAGACCCACCAGCUGCCCAGCGAGUUCAAGCUUCUCUACAAGCUGCACCGAGAGGGUGUGAUCAAACUCAGCCUGACGCACUGCUCUUAGGCAGACAGUGAGCCCUGGGUGGUUGAAAAGGUGACUCCAGAGACGGUGACAUAGAUUCAUUCGCUCUGCUUAAACUUCUGUUGUUGCCCACAAUGCAUGAUUAGAGUUAAGUGAAUUUUUGACACCUCCACUCCACAAACACACUCACAUCUGACUGUAAUUUCAUAUGAAGAUGUCAGCUCACCUGGGAUGUACGUCACAGAUGCAUCACAGCAUUGCUCGCCAUUUAGUAUGUUGUAUGUUGUCUUCAAUAUCACAAUUAGGACUUUUAUGCUGCUCAUAUGCUCACAUUGAUCUCCUCACACGGCUGAUGGCCAUGGCUCAACGGCGCAAACUGAACAAAUGUCUAUUUUAACUGGAGUCUGUCGGGGAUUGAGCUGUAGAAACACCAACAGUUAAAUCUUACAGUUCUGUUUGAGAUGGUAUUGAUUGACUAACCGCCUUUCACAACAGUAUACUGAUUCUGUACACUGAAACCACUGCCUAGUCUCAGGGACAGAGUUAGAUCAGUGUUUUUUUGUAAUCAGAUUCAAUGCCUCAAGAGAGGUUCCUGUUUUCAGGCCUUUUUUUCCCCCCUGAGGUGUCAGACAAUCUGCACUACUCUGUAAGAUGGUAUUUGUUUACAAGGCUGUACUCUCUCUCUCUCUCUCUCUUUCUCUCUCUCUCUCUCUCUCUCUCUCUCUCUAAAUAUAAUUAUAAAUACUUUUGUGUCUUUUAAUCUCUGCAGACAGUGUGACUGUCCACAAAUUUUGCAGAGACUCCUCAGAUUUUUGGAAUAAUAACCAACAUUCCAACAAUAAGCCAUAAAUUCAUAAAGAAACAAUGUGUCGUGAUAACGUUGCUGAAUUCAAGGAAGUGUAAUCAGCCUACAUUAGGUUCUGAGGCUGUAGGACAUAGGAAACAAGAGACUACAAGUCUAUAGGCAUACUAACAGCUUCACUCAUGUCACAAUGCUGCAACAGCAUGCAACACUUGGAAAACCCUUGAUGCUGUUUACAAACUCUAAACAACUAUUCCUGAGGUAUUUUCAGAGUCUUUCGGAUUUUUUAACCAUCGUGAUCAAAGAUGUUUAAUUCCAUUUAUGAUAAAGAAACAGACUUUGAAAAAAAAAAUCAACGUUUCAUUGGUUUAAGUAAGAAAACAAUAAAAAAUUAACAUCUGAUCAUAAAAUUUAUCUUUGGCUGCACAAAUAAACAAAUAGAUCUUAUAGUGACAGUUGAGGAACCCAUUGCUUGGUUGUGAGCAAGUUUUUGCACCGGUGUGUGAAAAAAUCGAGGCAAAGUUAAAAAAUUUCUGUUCCUAGUAAAGGAAUAGGACCUGGUCAAAUUCAACAAUUUGAAAAAAACAAGAAUAUUUUUGCCAUAGGAUUUUAUUUCAAGAUAACUAGCUUGUGGCCACGGCUUUACAUCUGGAUUUACAUUAGAAGAGCAUACGUCCUCUAAACCAGUGGUUCUCAAGUCCACACCUGAUUCAAAUGAUCAGCUCGUUAUCAAGCUCUGUAAUGGCUUACUAACGAGCUGAUCAUUUGAAUCAGGUGUGUUGGAGCAGGGAAACAUCCAAAACAUGCAGGACAGUGGGCCUCGAGGACUGGACUUGAGAACCACUGCUCUAAACUAACUCUCACAUUUUAGCAAAGAAGCCUCUCAAAAAAACAGCCAAAGAAGCCUGUCUGGAUUAAAUACCUGAGCUGCAUCAGUUCAAGCUUUUGCGUUUGCUGACUUAGUAAGGCCAACUUUUUAAAACUAAAAUUCAUAAUGCUUAAAUUUCUUUGUUUUAAACUUGCAUAGAUCAACAGGCUUGCUUAGCUUUGAGCCAAACUUGAAGUGGCCUAGUCAUGCAGUUCGGUAUAGUCUGCAAAUGUCAGAUUGAGUGAACCUUAGUGACAUUAUCAGAUGAUUUUCCUGGUUCUGAUCUACAAUAUAAAAUCUAAAAUAUAUCCACAUUUACACGGUCCAAAUGUGCCAACAGAAUCAUAUUUUUCUUUACCCUUAGAGGAGAACAGGUGGGAAGUUAGUUAGCUCUGCUAGCUUUGUCAUUUGGUCACAGUGGCUGCGCAACAGUCAGAACUUUUUCUCUCCACAUGAAAACAGGUUGUAUAAUUCAAAGUUUAACUAGCCACACUAGUUUUGUUAUUUAGUAGGUUUACAGCAUCACAGUUAGAAAAAUGAUAAAUUUAGAAAUGUAAGUUUAUAAAGGGAUUACUAUAUGUAGUUGAUAAAUAUCUUUAAUAUAGCAAAGUGUAAUUUUCAACCAAACCCAGGCAAUGUUUGGAUUUGUAAACAGCUGCAGGAGGAUCAUGUGACCAACACUCAGACGUUAGUGUUGAUAAAAACAUCUGGAAAAACAACAUUUUGGACAGCGUUAUACUAGUUUUCCACUUAAAAAAUAUUGAGUAGAGCUUUUCUUGAUGGGGGAAAUGUAUUAAUUUGUCAUGUAACCAUAUCAACUCAAAUAUUUGUGACCGAAAACAAAGAAAUAAACAACGUUAUUAAAUUAACUGCAUCGUGUAAAAAGAGCAUGAUCCGUUUUAACAGCACUGCAUGUGAGGCACUAACAAAUCUUUAAGGCUAGUUUUUUACAACCUUUUUGAUGAUUAUUUUGAGGGAAAAUUUCAUUUCCUUGCUAUUGUUUGUAUUCCUGGUGAUGUUUUCCUUAAAGAGUAUCACCAGUGUGUUUGUAUGAGAGAUGUUUAAAGGCUCAAAAAACAAACCUACUGCUAUUCCACAUGGGACCAAACCUCUACAGAUCAACUUAAAAGCAAACUUUAUUUUUUGGUAAAUGUAAAUAAUCUUUAGGUUGAAAACACUCUACCCAUUUAUGCUGGACCGAAGCUGCAAAAUCAAUGUGGGGUUCAGGACUCGGCCCAAACACUGAAAGCCGGCCACAUGACCAUCUCAUGACCCUGAAACAUGUGCUUCUUGUUGCAAAUUCUGGCUUAGACCCAGUUUAAAUACACACAGCAAUGCAGUCAUCCACACUUACCAGAGUAGUACGUGCUUUUGUGCUCAGUCAGAAUUAGUGUGGCAGGCAUUUCCUCGCCAUCCUGUCUACAUACAAAGCAUUUCUUCUUGUCUGUCUCCCCCGGGCAACUUCGUAAAUUUAGGUUUCGUCUCCUCCGGCAACACUGAAGAUUUUCUGGCCGUGAACUUUUGUGUUUCGCCUCCAAGUCACAGUGCAGUCACCACAUCAGCCAUGAAACACAUGUCUGAUUGAGAAGUGUUAAUAUCUGAUCUUUAGGCCAUUCAUUUGAUGUCAUAGAUGUGUUGUUUAUGGAUUAUUUCUAUAGUGUCUUCAUUAGGAAUGUUUUGUAUUUACACCAAAGACCAUUUGCUGAAAAGGAGAUGUGUUCCUUUAGCUCCAUACAGAUUUAUUAAGGAUGUUAGAGGUUGGAUGUUUACCAAUAACAAAUACUAUUGUAGAUGAAGUGUCAUAUCUUUUAUCUGAUGAUGUUCAUGUCGAUUAUCACUUGAUGUGGCACAGUCAUCAUUUUUUUACUUUUCUGGUUUCAGCCAAACUAUUUUGGUGGAAUUUAUUUGUGACUCCAUGAAUGUUUUCUUAUAGUUUUAUCUGUCUGAAUAACCCACUGGUGACGAUGAGUGUGAUGGACAUUUUGCUUCCUCAAAAACUACCUUAUAAUUUUCAAAUGCAAAGUACAGAAUGUGUGUAAACAGUUUAAUGCUAUCAAAGUCAGUCAGGAUUGUAACUCCAACAGUUUUGCUUUUCUGUGCAUUACACAUAAAUGACAAGACAGUGACAUACAUGACUUAACCAUAAAGUGUUUUUAUUCCAAAUGCAGCGCCACACAGGAGUCGUUCCAACAACCCUUUAACAUACUUGUACUUGUGUUCGAUCUGCAUGGCAACUAUGUUCCAUAAUGCAUAAAAAAGCUUGGCUGCUUAUGUACAUGUCAUAUAAAAGUCAUAAAUCAUGUAAGGGACUUUGCUAUCUUGGUUGUUCUAACAAAAACGAUCGAACAUAUAAGAAAUGUAACCAUGUCUUUAAUGUUUUUUGAUUAUAGUUCAUGAUAAAUAUAUGUUAUGUGCCUGCAUAUUCCUCCCAUCAAUGCCUAAUGUGUCAAAUAAAACAAUAUUUUUCUUUGUUUGACCCAUUUGAAGAUAAUUUUCUACUUUUCUUGCUGCAAAAACAACUUUUAAAGCUUUCCAGUUUUUUUCAACUCACCAUAUAUUCUGUGUCUACGUACAAUCGUCACAGUUUUGCAGUCUUUCUCUCCUUCUUUUUCUACCUCAACAAUAUACAGGCUGUGAAUAAAUAACAUAAUAAACAGUACAUAUCAACAUGAA